GCAGUAUACUCUCCAGAUAAUAGGCCCCGGACAGUACACAUGCAACGCAUAUUACUCUUAUAAUCAAUGGGCCGGAAAUGUUCUUGAUGCUCAUUCAGCACGCUUGGUAAUAUGCUCUAGCGAUACGAUAUACAUGUAAUGGUGGCACAGACGACUACUGAAGCGUACGUAUAUAAGGGCAUGCGUCCCAUAGCACGAUAUCUCAGUCUUUUCCCUUUCAUUCUACUCUACUAUGUCUACCAGCAAGCUCUUCCUGCCUAUUAAAGUUGGGGACCUCACUUUGCACCACCGAAUAGUACAUGCGCCGCUCACCCGCCUCCGUGCCGACUCACAACAUGUGCAUACUCACCUAGGCGUGGAGUAUUAUGCGCAACGUGCAAGUACCUCGGGAACACUUAUCAUUGGAGAAGCAAGCAUACUAUCAGCAAAGGUCGGCGGUUACCCGAUCAUCCCUUUCAUGGAGACGCACAAACAAUUGUCUGCGUGGAAGAAGAUUACCGAUGCCGUGCAUGAAAAAAGCUCGUUCAUAUUUGCUCAGAUUGUAGCUUGUGGUCGAACGGGAGAUCCUGAUGUUCUUCAAGCUGAAGGAGGAUUCGAAUUGACAGGGCCUUCUGACAUCCCUAUCAAAGGCAGACCGAACCCACGACCUUUGACUGUCUCAGAAAUCAAGGAGUUUGUGCAGCUUUUUGCCACUGUCGCGGCUAACGCAAUGAACGUGGCCGGAUUUGAUGGUGUCGAACUUCACAGUGCCAAUGGCUAUCUUCUCGACCAGUUUCUCCAGGAUGUCUCGAACAACAGGACAGACGAAUACGGCGGCUCGAUCGAGAACAGAGUCAGGUUUCUUCUUGAAGUGGUUGACGCAGUUGUCAAGGCUAUCGGGCCUACGAAGGUUGGCGUAAGACUGAGUCCUUGGAGCGAUUACAAUGAAAUGGGGAUGAGAGACCCAAUUCCAACUUUCUCCUACCUGGUGUCACGACUUACCGAGUUGCAUCCCACGCUCGCUUACAUCCAUGUUAUCGAACCACGAGUCUCUGGUUUAGGUGACAGAAACGUUCGAGUUGGAGAGUCCAACGACUUCAUCCGAAACAUCUGGUCGCCUAGACCGCUGAUUAGUGCUGGUGGAUACACUAGAGAGUUGGCGAUAGCAGCUGCAGAUAAGGCAGGCGAUCUCAUUGCUUUCGGCCGCCACUUCAUUGCCAAUCCGGAUCUGCCGCGAAGACUGAUCGCAGAUGUUCCACUCAAUCGUUAUGACCGUUCGACUUUCUAUGCUCCUGGAGAUCCCAAGGGUUACAUUGAUUAUCCUUUCUCUGAUGAGUUGAAGGGCAAAGAUGUCGGUUUGUAGUUUGCAUCUGAUUUCGGGACCACCUUUGCCGCAUUCUUACACUCUAUUGCAAUGAGCUGAAGUACCCACAUCAAUAUGUUGUUGCGUGCUUUUUCGCAUGUCACACUCAGGCUCGCAAGGCAAUACUCAUCAGUUCGAGACCUGGUCGCCUCUCUAGAAAACGGGUUUGAUUGAAUAGCAUAUCCUAUGCCAGGUAAUGACAUGCCCUCCGACAGUCAUUCCGAUGUCAAUCUCACAGUGCUAGCAAUAAAGAUCAACAGGACGAACGAGCAGAGCCAUAUGCAAACCUACAACGUGUGAUAAACUGUCUCUGCAGUUACAGUCUCAAUAACUAUUCAAUUCGUGC